AUGUCAGGAAGAGGUAAGGGAGGAAAAGGAUUGGGAAAAGGAGGCGCAAAGAGACAUAGAAAAAUUUUAAGAGAUAACAUUCAAGGUAUUACAAAACCAGCAAUCAGACGUUUAGCAAGAAGAGGUGGAGUAAAGCGUAUUUCUGGUUUAAUAUAUGAAGAAAUAAGAGGUGUUUUGAAAGUAUUCUUAGAAAAUGUAAUAAAGGAUUCAAUCAUGUAUACUGAGCACGCAAAGAGAAAAACAGUCACUGCUAUGGAUAUUGUGUAUUCAUUGAAAAGACAAGGAAGAACAUUAUAUGGUUUUGGAGGUUAA